GUCAAAGCGCCGCCCCGGAUCCCCCGGUCCCGGGGAUUGUGCUGUUCCCUGAGUACCGCAGUGCUCGAGCUCCGGGUUCCGUCGGUUAUGGAUGCGCGGGCGCGCGCCAAGCGCUACGAGAAACUCGACUUCCUGGGGGAGGGGCAGUUCGCCACUGUCUAUAAGUCCAGGGACAAGACCGAUAACCGAAUCGUGGCUAUUAAGAAGAUUAAACUGGGGCAUAGAUCGGAAGCUAAAGAUGCUUGUGUGGUGUAGUAGAAUUUUGUUUGUGUGCAGAAUGCUGUCCUUCAGGGAUUCUGCAUCAGGAAUCAACAGGACAGCCCUCAGGGAAAUAAAGCUAUUACAGGAGCUAAGCCAUCCAAAUAUUAUUGGUCUUAUAGACGCAUUUGGACACAAGUCCAAUAUUAGCUUGGUGUUUGAUUUUAUGGAAACGGACCUAGAGGUUAUUAUAAAGGAUACAAGUAUUGUGUUGACACAGUCUCACAUCAAGGCAUAUAUGCUGAUGACACUUCAAGGAUUAGAAUAUCUGCAUCAACACUGGAUUUUACAUAGGGAUCUUAAACCAAAUAACUUGCUGUUAGGUGAAAAUGGGGUUUUAAAAUUGGCUGACUUUGGCUUGGCAAAAUCUUUUGGAAGCCCAAAUCGAGUUUAUACACAUCAAGUAGUAACAAGGUGGUACCGAGCCCCCGAACUAUUGUUUGGGGCUAGAAUGUAUGGUGUUGGUGUUGAUAUGUGGGCUGUUGGUUGUAUUUUAGCUGAAUUGCUCCUCAGGGUUCCUUUUUUGCCUGGAGACUCUGAUCUUGACCAGCUGACAAGGAUAUUUGAAACAUUGGGCACUCCAACAGAAGAACAGUGGCCUGGGAUGACGAGUCUUCCAGAUUAUAUCACUUUUAAAUCUUUCCCUGGAAUGCCACUUCAACAUAUCUUCAGUGCAGCUGGUGAUGAUCUGCUCAAUCUUCUUCAAGGCUUAUUCACAUUUAAUCCUUGUACUAGGGUUACAGCUACUCAGGCAUUGAAACAGAAGUAUUUCAGUAAUCGACCAGGACCCACUCCAGGAAAUCAGCUGCCAAGACCCAACUGUCCUGCAGAAGCUGUAAAGGAGCAACAAAAUGCACUUUUAAAUUUAAAAAGGAAAAGAACAGAAGGAAUCGAUCAAGUCCCGAAGAUUGCAGUAAGAGAUGGAGGGAGAUUAACUGGGAAAACUAUGCUAGCCCUCCUGUCAGCCUGUGGCUGUUUAACAGUUUAUAGUGCAGAUACUGGACUCAGCUUUGCCGGAAUUCCGGCGUGGCAGCAUUUAAAAGCAUCUGCUGGGUAACCAAACUUCUUCAAUUGAGAAAAACAACCCCAAAGGUACUGUUUAUAGAGCUUAACUGUGUGCCCACAAUGUUGUGCAGUGGAUCUCAGGGAUACCUAGUGAGCUGUUGUCAUUUUCCCACCUG